GUCACUAUCAUAUAAAUGAUAGUGUAGGACCAAUCGAGUGCUCAAUUCUGUCUUUGGAAAUUCCAUGUAACAGGUGAAUCGACAUUAUCCGUUUAUCCUCAUUGUAAGCACUUAUUUUGUGGACCAACUGAUUGGAUAAUGCCUCUUGAUUUUUGUGCUAAAUUCAUUCAUUCAUUCAGUUACAAAUCAUUUUUGCAUUACUGCUGAUGUACUUACUGUACUCUGCCAGUUAUAAUACCAACUAUUUUCCACUACUUGUUCACUACUUGUUAACCACAUAUCUCCUCAGUGUUAUUCUCGAAAGCAGACACUUUUUCAAUUUAAUCUGCUAUCAAUUUGACCGAUUUAAUAAUCCCAUAUAUCUAAUGAUGGAUUGGAGAACAAGGCUUAAUUCACGUGUGUGUUUGUCACACACUCAAUUGGUGUGAGUGUUUUGUAGGAUUGAUUGGGAGGGUGAACAUAUAGAAAUGAUCACACGAUUUUCUCGUUGUAGCAGCUCACAUCAAAUUGUAUAUUGGUAACUAGAAGAAUAAAAUAAUCAAAACUUGUCAGUCCUAUUCGCUCAUCAUCAUUCAUCUUCUAUGUGAUUUAUGUAUUAUCGAUCGGUAAUUUGUUGUUUGUUUGUUUGUAAGAAAUUGAUUUUUCAUUAUUUAUUGAAUUACUGAAUAAGAAGACAAGCGUGGCAUCGAGUCCCAGUUGACUAUUAACACCGCUACCAAGAAAACACAUGUCAAACAAAUCAGAAGGCGGAUUAGAACCAAGUUUAUUCAAUUGGCGAUUCCGAGGUAUCGAAUGAAUAUCAAGAUCGUGCCAAGAAAUGGUACAAGCGAAAGCAAGGGAACGGAGUACGUGCGAACAAAGCCAAAAACCGCGAAACAAUGAUGGGAGGUAUGGAAGCACAAAAUGGCUGUAAUUAGCACAGUUAAACAAAAACACAUUAAAACAAGCACUGGUACAGUUGGUUAUAAUAAUGAUUGUUUUCAUUAAAUCAAUCAUGUUCUCGUAAUAAAAGUAAGUCACUACAUAUGUUUAAUCAAAGCUUAGCACAACUGGAAUUAUAUCGUUAAUGUCAAAUGAACAUUUUAAAAAUCUAUUCAUCACGAAACUGUGUUAAAUAGAAAUUUUCGAAAAAAUAAAUAGAAAAUUAGUCUGUUUUUGUUGUUGUUGAGAUUUUUAUCAGGAAAAGAAAUUGAACAAUCUGAGAAAAUUUAUAGGAAAAUCAACUCAUUACAUUUGAACAUGAAUAAAGUAAUAUGUAACAAAUUGUAAUGGUGGUAUACGUAACACUGAAUUUACUUUGUCGGUUCAUCAAUAAUACCGUAAUGUAGGCUGUCAGUUUUAAAAAAAUACAACAAAGUUAUUUCUUUGAACAGGGACAAACAUGUAAUGACAGUGUGUUCAAGAAAUUCAUCUCUACACAUCAACUACAUGAGGUUGAAAUACUUAUCCAAAAACAACGAAGACAAUUUGCAAUUGAAACGCAGUGGACGAAUGAAUAAUCACCAGUUACAACUAGUGACUUCGUAACAACAGGAGUAAAAUAAGAAUUAAUCAUUGAUAUUUGACCUAGACAGUUUUAGUUGAAAUAGACUUGAAAAUGGAAGAAUAAAAUUGAAAGUAAUUUGAUGAUGACCAGAGAGAAGAGAGAAGUCAUACAAACAAAUGCUAGGUGUGGAAUCUGUUCAUUAUGUUCACAAAGAACCAACGGACAUCCACACUACACACUACACACCACAAACCAACAAGCAUUACCUGACUGUCUACUAAAUCACCAACAAGCUAACAACAGUCAACCAAUAGUAAUUCAGUGCAUAGGAUAUACGAUUGGUGGUAGAAAAUUCUCAACAUGUCACCUGUCUGUCUCACACCCUCAUUCAAAAUAUUAUUUCUCUUCAUUUCACAACCACAAAACAGGUUGCUUGAUUAUGAUCAAUACAGCUCGGAAGUCAGCUUGUGCAUCAAGACAACCAUCAACACCAAUACUAACACCGUCGAAAGAGACCACAGUCACACGAUACACAACUGAGGAGUCGAGUGAAUUAACCGAAUUGAUAUUGAGAUAUCGAGGUGUUUGGAAAGACAAGAGUCGUCCAUCUGCAGUUCUUCAGAAACAAUUGUGGAUGCAAUUCGCACAUUACUUACACUCGAAGGGAUGGCCGAGAAGAAACUGGACUCAUCUGCGUCGAAAGGGUCUGCACAUGCUGAAGAAACUCAAUAACACGACAAUCAAUCAGUGGGAAGUGUCGAAAAGCAAUCCCAAUUCACCUGAAAAUCCCUCCAACCACACGUCACUCUCCAGUUCCAAUGAAAAUCGACACGUGAACGUGAACGGACAAAGUGACUCGGUAAGUUCGCCUUUCCCAAUCAUGUGCUAAUUGUUUUCAUCGAAUUCAGGUGACCGAGAAUCAGUCGAGUGUGCAUCAAAUCAACUUGCCUACACUCACCCCCUCACCAGUGGUAACCAUCACCUCCAAACAUCCCACAUCAACACUCAGUCCUCCUACAAACCAUGUGCAACCGAAUCCUCCACACACAACUGGUCCAAAAAUCCUGAACGCAUUCUCAACAGCUCACAUGUCUCAACAACUGGUGAUUCCACAUGAUGCCGGAGUGCUGCAACCAACCACCACCACCAUCAACAACAACAACAACACGGUUGGUGAGGUGACGAUCAACCCUAACCGAGUCGCGCUACUGACUCCUCUCCAAUGUGUCUCGUUCGGAGUCGCGAAAACCCAUACUACAGACGUAUCUCCUAUUCAAGAAGUGAAUAUCUCGAACUCACCAUCCAACCAAACGAGUCGCAUUCCUCUGACUGCAACAAUUGAUUUAUCAACGUGGAGUGAGGACGAGGAGAGCUGUUCAGAGUUGAGUGGAACGCGAAAUCAGGCGAACACGAAUGACGUGAAUGAUUUUGAUGAAAAUGCCAAGGAUUGUAUCACGUAAGUAGGACACCUCUUUUCAACUGACACGUUUCACCUUAUGUUAUUCCUGUUGUUGUUGUUGUUGUUGUUUUUGUUGUUAUACUCUCACCACCAGCACCACAUAUUCCUGAUUAGCUGACUGACUGCUACACACUGCUUGCUGUGUGAUCAUGAGAAUGUGCACUGAUUUUUAUGACCAUGACUGUCACUGUAGCUCUGUGAGAACGAGACUUAGCGGUAGGAUUUGAUUCACACAAGCAGUGAGUGAACCACACGACGAGGUAGGUGGAUAGAUAGACUAAUAGAUAGACAGAAAAACGGACGGACAAAUAAGCAGUACUCUGUUCACUUACGUUCAAUGGUGUUCUAUCUCACUGAAGUGUCUUCGUCCCACGUUGUGCGUCACUCAAUAUCUUGAUUAUUGUCGUUAAUAUGGGGUGUGCCUGUGUAUGUGUGCGUGUGCAUCCUUACUGAAUAUGAGGGUAUCGAGUGAAAAUUCCUAUUUAGUUGUGUUUGUCAGUUGUGUAUAUGGUGUAGUAGAUUUGAUGAUUAGGAUAUAUACGACGACUUCUAUGUAUAUAUAAGCAUAUGUAUAUCAUGUCUCCUACAUCGCCCUAGUGAUUAUAAACAGAUGUUCAAACUGUGACUUGUUUUUGUAGAUCCGAAUGUGAGAGAACCCCAUUGUCAGAGAUGUUGAUUCACAAGCAAAUGAAGUGUCUAGAUCUGAAGAUUGAAAUUCUCCAGAUGAAGAAGCAAUAUUGGUCCGAGAAACUGAAUUCAUCAUCGAAAAGCUGAAUGUUUGGUGAAAGCCAAUCUUCACAUGAACUACCAUUGUGAUUGUCAUCAAUUCUAUUCACAUAUGAAUAGUAAAUUCAAUUUAUACAUAUGUAUGUAUAGGUAUUGUGACUGACGAAGAUUGUUCUCCCUUUUCAUCAUUAUUGUCUAUUCGUGGUGUGUGUGCGUGUGUGUGAAGUUGUCUGUCAGUUAGUCAUUUUGUUUCGAAUCCAUUUGAAGUGGACUGUUGUUCAAUACUGCUUUGUUUCAAAUGUUCACUACUCUAUUGACUACUCUGUUGCAUACUGUACAUAAUUAAAUUUAAAUGUUGGUUUUGUAAAACUCUUAUUUUGUCUUUGAAUUAAUUUAUGAACGUCAUGGACAAUUGGUUGUGUGGAUGACGGAUGAUACUUGACUUUGAAUACAAAUAUGUUAGAACUUUGUCAAUUUUAUUUCUUAUCAUGGUGAUCAAUUGGUUUGAUUUGUAUUUAUUCUAGUGAUUUCUGUGUAAUUAACUGCUUCAUUGAUAUUUCAUUUAUGAUACAUAUUCGAUAUAUGUGUAGAGUUGAUGUCAACUUGAAAUUCUUGAUGACCACAUGUGACGGAAAUAGGAGAGAAUAAACGGUCUAAUUUGAAUGAUGAUGUCAAUGAUAAUAAUAAUAAUAAUGAUAAUGUUGAUCUUUGUUUUCGAAUAGGUUCACUCUGUUUCCUGUUAACUUGUUUGUGAAAUGACUUAUUCACAGAGCAUUUGUGUAAACCUUCAUUGCCUGUUCUGCACAAUUUCAACUAUGUCCUAGUUAAUGGUGGAGGAAUCAUGAGGAGUAGGUAGAAUAGAAUAGAAUAAUUGACUGAUGAUUGAGUUUUAUUUCGUGUUCAACGUGUAUGUGGAAAUUUGUACAGUUGACUGUUGUAUUUUGUCGAAUAUGAUUUAGAGAACGAUUUGUUAGAAUUGUUUUUGAAUGUGUGAUUUGUUCGACGAUGUUUUCUCGUUCGUAAGUCAACUAGUUUGAUAAUAUCAUUAGGUUAUCAGUCAGUUGGAUUGAGGUGCACAUGUCGAAUCUUCAUUGCUAGUGAUUGAUCAUUUAGGAAUCGUGACGACUUUACAUAAUGAACGAGUUCUCAGUUAUAUUGAUUUAAGCGUAUAUUGUCAAGAUGUGUUGAUCGAACUUAUGUGUAGUAAGUUGUAUAAUGGAGCGGUAAAAUUGUGGAAGUGUGGUGUAUACUUCGGUGGUUUACAUGAAUAUGUGAAUUGUUAUAUCCUAGUGAAGAUUACGUUGCGAGUAACGUCUGAGACUUAUUAAUGUACUAUUAUUAUUUAUAUAUUCUCAUGGUAUAAAUAUUCAGUAACUAGAUUAUGUAUAUCUAUAUUCCCCUUGUUAUAAGCUUUAUUUUGACCUAUAUAUUAUUAUUGUACGAUUUACGGUUCUUAAGCUAUGUUCAAUUUAUUAACUACUGCCUCCCACAUUCACAGCCACUUUUUGGCUUUAUUGUGUACAAAUGUUAUUUCCUAUUUUGUGGUGCGUUGCAGUCUGUUUGUUUGAUAUAUAAAUACAGUAUGUUUGAAAUAUAUGAUUGGCAUAGUGGAAGAUGGUAUUGGUGUUCUGGACUCAAGUGGACGAGCUAGGCGGACAUAGGACCAAUAAGGACGCUAGGCUGCCCAUACCCGCCGAACGACAUUGGUUUGGCACAGUGCUAAGAUUGUAUAAGUCGUAUUUUGACUGGUGGAUAAAUCACGUGAUAACUAGCCGGCCAUAAAGUCACAACAUGAAUAUUUGACUGAAAUGCAAUCGGGAGUGGAAAUUAAGAAAUUCAACCGAUGAGACAUUAAAGAAUUGUAAAUUGUCGAUUUAACAUAGUGUUCAUCGGUGGUGAGACUAUUUAUAAAUGCGAAAUAAUGAUAAGGAGACAGGUUGAUGUUCGGCAGUCGUGGAUCCACUGUGAUAGAUGGUUAACGAAUGAAUACACAACAAAUAGGAUGGAUAUCUAAUCAGAAUGAUUUCUUAUGAAUUCAUCAAGCACAUUUCUGUAAGUUUGGAUCUACUUGUAUAUUACCAUCACAGAUUGUGUGUAAGUACCCUGACAAAUUGACUCUUGCAACGCAUUAUCAUGCGUCUUAUCUAUAGGUGGUAAUAAGGUAUUAUACAUAUUGUAAUUGUUAGCUGGGUUGUCAUGAGUUUAGAGACAACAAUUGUUUUGAUGUGUUCAGGAGUUAGUUGGUAACUGUUGGAUAUAGUUAACCAAUAUUCAACAGAAAUUCCCCACCAUUAUUGAAUAAUCGAAUUCAAAUCUUGUUUAAUUACUCAACUUGGUAAUUUUAUAUAUGAUCUGUCGAACAUCAUUUGAUUGAUCGUCUAUUCCGAUGCGACACUUGUUUCUCUUAAUAUUUCUUUGAGUUGUUCAAUCAUUUGUUUAUUCUGUCUGCCACACGGAAUUCAUCGAAACAUUUUGGAUAACAUUUAGUAAACCGUGUGCUCGAAAAAUAUGUGAUGACUCCAGGCGGAGUUAAUGUAAAUUGUAAUAUCUUUCUGAUUGAAUUGUUUAGUGAGAGGAUUCUCGAUUCUCAUAUUGCUUUUGUUAAACUUUUGUGUGGAUAGAUUUGGUAUAGAAAGUGUUUUACGGUUAAUUCAUUUGUAACUGUUAGAAAUUUGUGGACUAGUUGAAAAGCUAUUUUCUUUCUUGAGUAUGGUUUCAAUACGGUAUAAACGUGUGAUACUCUACAGAAGGAAGAACGUCUUUGCAUUUCUAUUCAGAUGAAUAUUUUGAUCAGUAGAAGUUUGAUAUUUACUUAUUGUGAUGAUUUUGGAAAUUGUGCACGAGCAUUUCCCGAUCGCUUCGGAUUUGUAAUGAUAAUUGGAAUGACAAAGGUUAUCGAUAAUAAU